AGCAUGAGUUUCUUGUAAAAGGCUUUCUUCAUCAUGAAUGCGCAACCGAAGUCAGGCGUGGUUUUGGCCGCUCGCUAUGCUGUGCCCUUUUGUUUGCUGUUGAUCCCCAUCUGGCUGAGCAGGAUCAAUGCUCACGUCCCCGAACCAUAUCUGGACGAAGCGUUCCACGUUCCUCAGGCGCAGGCUUACUGGGCUCACAAAUGGACGCAUUGGGAUCCUAAAAUCACCACUCCUCCGGGGCUGUAUCUCUGGUCCUAUGGGCUGUGCGCUGUUCUUCUGUUCCUUCGUGGCUCCCCUACGGAGCUUACCCCGGAAGUGCUGCGUGCGACCAACGUGGCAGCUACGGCCAUUGCGCUACCAUAUCGCUUGCAGACAUUGUUGGAUCGAUUGCGCAAGACUCGCAACACACGUCCCUCUGGGGCUUGGCUCAGCCAUACUGUGCUGAACAUCUGUCUCUUCCCGCCCAUUUUCUUCUUUUCUGGGCUCUACUACACCGAUAUUCUUGCCUUGCUGGUGGUUGUCGAAGCAUACAACUGGGACCUCAAGCGUUCCGCAGACGGCGCGUGGGCUCCGCUCAAGACCGCAGCUUUCGUUCUCCUCGGACUGGCAGCGUUGGCGUUUAGACAGACGAACAUAUUCUGGGGAGCCAUCUUUCUAGGUGGACUGCAGGUUAUCCGGCAGCUGAGACUCAAAUCUAAGCCAUGUCGGUCGUCGGGUCUCGCGGAUAUUGCUCGACAGGAAUGGCAGAAUGAGCUGUACGACCCUCUUGUCUCGGAGGCUUCUAUUGAAGACUAUUUCAAAACCUCUAUUUCACUGGUGACGGUUGCCGUGGGUAAUCUCGGCACCGUGAUCAGUACUGCUAUCCCGUACCUCCUCAUCCUCGCAGGAUUUGGUGCAUUCGUUUUCUGGAACGAUGGUGUUGUUUUGGGGCACAAGGAAUUCCACACUGCCGGCAUUCAUCUGCCGCAGAUGCUCUACAUCUGGCCCUACAUUGUGUUUUUCUCCUGGCCACUACUCCUUGGACCCGUCAUUAACUUGGCUCUCCCCAAGUCCCUCCUUCCGAAGUUCCUCGAUUUCGGGUUCCCCAAGAAACAGAAGGGACUGCCGAAGCUGCUAACAGCAAUUAUUGUCAUUCCAAUUAUGCUGGCUGUGAUCCACUUCAACACCAUUGUGCAUCCUUUUACGCUGGCCGACAACCGUCAUUACGUCUUCUACGCUUUCCGGAUUCUACUACGAACCCAUCCAGCGGUCAGGUACGCCGCUGCUGUCGUCUACUUCCUUUGCGCAUGGAUGGUAAUCUCUGCCCUCGGCUUUUCCACUGCCCCUCAGCCGCCCCAGAUGAGACAGAUCUCCCAACCUGCAGCCUUCCAGUACCCAGAGCCGCAGACCGAGCCUACUCCGAAGAAGGCGGAACGCAAGCAGAAGACAGCAAAGAAGGCUGUCAAGGCAUCUAAGCCAGCGGCACCCAAGCCGGAGCCCAUUUCCGAGGAGGCAUUUGCCAGGAUCCAAGCCCACCUCAUCCAGCGCCAGAAGCAGCAGCAAGGGGCGCCGCAGGUGAGCUUCGUCCUCGUCUGGCUCGCGGCCACGGCGUUGUCGCUCAUCACUGCUCCUUUGGUUGAGCCGCGAUACUUCAUCAUUCCGUGGGUCAUGUGGCGUCUUCACCUUCCGCCGCAGCCGACGCCGCUGGUGCACCGGCGUCCCCAGAAUGGUGUUGAUGAACUCAACGCAAAGAUGGCUACCAACUUUCCGCUGUUCUUGGAGACCUACUGGUUCUUGGUUAUCAAUGCGGUGACCGGAUACAUUUUCUUGUACUGUGGGUUCGAAUGGCCGCAGGAACCAGGCAAAAUCCAGCGGUUCAUGUGUCGUGACGAUAGCACCGACUUCAUCAAACCCCUAGCUUCACUGCACCGCUCCAUUACACCUCCAAGAAUAUCCCGCUCAGUCAGGGACCCCGCACCACCGCCACCAGCUUACGACGACGCCAUAUCCUCCUCCAGCGAAGCACAGCCAUGCAGUCUGGGCCAGAAAGUCCUCCCCUCACCCAUUCAACUCACCCACAUCCGCGACUUCCCACCCUCUUCCGGCAACAAUGUCGACACUGUUCGGCUCCGCGAUAUCCUGGGCGACCCCAUGAUCCGCGAGUGCUGGCAAUUCAACUACCUCCACGAUGUAGACUUCCUGAUGAGCCAGUUCGACGAGGAUGUGAGAGCCCUGGUCAAGCUGAAGGUGGUGCACGGGUCGUGGAAGCGAGAGGCGCCGAACCGGGUGCGCAUUGAUGAAGCGUGCGCACGAUACCCGAAUGUCGAGGCGAUCGUGGCCUACAUGCCCGAAGCCUUCGGGACCCAUCACUCCAAGAUGAUGAUUCUCCUGCGACACGAUGAUUGUGCCCAAGUUGUCAUCCACACGGCCAACAUGAUCCCGGGCGAUUGGGCGAAUAUGACCCAAGCGGUGUGGCGAUCCCCCCUCCUUCCUCUGCGCACGAGGGGGGAUACAGAUGAUCCGAGCGACGACGACCAACAGCUCCCCGGAUCGGGAGCCCGGUUCAAACGGGACCUGCUGGCUUAUCUGGGUGAGUACGGGUCCAAGAAGACGGGCCCGCUGGUCAGACAGCUGCGUCAGUACGAUUUCGGGGCCGUGCGGGCGGCUCUCGUCGCCAGUGUGCCGUCGAAGCAAAACUUGAGCGAGGCGGAUGCGCGGGUCAAGACGCUCUGGGGGUGGGUGGCGUUGAAGGAUGUGUUGAAGAAUGUGCCUCUCGCCGCCGUUGGUGAUAACGAGAAGGGGGACGAAGGCUUGGGGGAGAAGGAGAAGAAGAAGAGGCCGCACAUUGUCGUUCAGAUCUCCUCGGUGGCGUCGCUCGGGCAAACGGACAAAUGGCUGAGAGAUAUCUUGUUCGCAUCCCUGGCGCCUAAGAGAGAAGAUCCCAAACCGCGGUACUCUAUCGUCUUCCCUACCCCGGAUGAGAUCCGACGCUCCUUGAACGGGUACGGAUCCGGUGGCUCUAUCCAUAUGAAACUGCAGAGCGCGGCUCAGCAGAAGCAGCUACAGUAUAUACGCCCCUUUCUGUGCCAUUGGGCAGGGGAUGAUGAUGCUGUGCAACCCGCCGUGGUUCGGCGGGAAGCGGGCCGCCGGCGUGCGGCGCCGCAUAUCAAAACAUACAUCCGGUUCUCUACGGAAGAGAUGACCACGAUCGAUUGGGCGAUGGUCACGUCGGCGAAUCUGUCUACACAGGCGUGGGGGGCAGCGGUCAACGCGAACGGGGAGGUGCGGAUCUGCAGCUGGGAGAUCGGGGUGGUGGUGUGGCCGGAGCUGUUGACCAGAGGAUCACCCGGCACAGCCACCACUCCUCCUGUGAAGACAGUGAUGACGCCGUGCCAUCGAACGGAUACACCCGCUGCCGCUGCAGACGACGCCGCCGUCACCGUCGGAUUCCGUAUGCCAUACGAUCUUCCUCUAACUCCGUACACCGCAGCAGACAUCCCCUGGUGCGCCACGGCAAGCCACAGCGAGCCCGACUGGCUCGGACAGACAUGGGACGGUUGAAUGCAUACCUUGACCCAAGUGGAAACCAGACCACUCAACAUAUAUACGACUUAUU